AUGAAGUUCACAAAUUAUCUCUUGACGACUGCAACGCUCGCAAGCAGUGUCCUAGCGGCUCCUGCUCCCCGCACCGGUUUGGAGGACAGACUCCGUGCCCGGUCAUUGCAGCGUCAAUCACAUCCUCUGGCACCUAUUCCACUUGACACAUCCACCAAAGAGAAUUCCAGACUCCUCGAAGCCGACGAGAAUACCACCCAUGUUACAUACAGCAGUAACUGGGCGGGCGCAGUGCGCGAGCAACCACCUCCGCAAGGCACGUAUUCUGCCGUGUCGGCAACCUUUCGUGUACCAGAACCCACGGCGCAAGGGGGGAGCGGAACGCAGGCUGGGUCGGCCUGGGUCGGGAUAGAUGGCGACACAUACAGCAACGCCAUUCUACAGACAGGAGUCGACUUCUACGUGGAAAACGGGCAGACGUACAACGAUGCCUGGUAUGAGUGGUACCCAGACUAUGCAUAUGACUUCGACCUAGAUGUAAGCACAGGGGACACGAUCGUCGCCAAGGUGGAAGCCAUCUCGCCAAGUCAAGGUGUAGCCACUAUUGAGAACAUAUCGACGGGGAAGAAGGCCACGCAGACGAUCAGAGCCCCAGCUGCGACAGCUACCCUUGCCGGCCAGAAUGCCGACUGGAUCGUGGAGGAUUUCCAGUCUGGCGACUCAAUGGUCGAUCUGGCUGGCUUUGGCGAGAUCAGCUUCUGGGGCGUGCAAGCACAAGGAGGAGGGUCUACAUGGGGUGUAGAUGAUGCGACUAUUGUCGAACUGAAGCAGGGCAACGAAGUGUUGACAGACGUGGAGGUGCAAAGUGAUUCGGCCUUUACGGUGAAAUAUACGAGCUGA